GAGGUCAGUCUCCCAGGCAGCAGCAGCGGAUGAGACCGUUUGGGUGAAGAUGGCGGACUCGCUGCCGUUAGGUCUGGAAGAGGAGAAGGAGAAGGAGAAGGAGGACAAGGAGCGGGAUGGGAAGGCUGCCAAUACAGAGGAAAACAAGGAGAAAGAUGUAGUCACGGAGACGCUGCAUUCCAACGAUAAAAACGGCGGCAGUAAUGGCAAGAAACGCAACCUGUCAGACCUGUCUCUGGUCAGAUUUAUAACUACUGAGCUCACCAGAGGCUACUUCCUGGAACACAAUGAGGCCAAAUACACAGAGCGCAGAGAGAGGGUCUAUACCUGCCUCCGCAUCCCCAAAGAGCUUGAGAAGUUGAUGACAUUCGGCUUCUUCCUCUGUCUGGAUGCCUUUCUGUAUGUGUUUACCCUGCUGCCCCUCAGGGUGAUUCUGGCUCUUCUACGGCUCCUCACGUUGCCUUGCUGUGGCCUCGGUGGCUCCCGACUGCUCCAGCCGGCCCAGGUGUGUGAUGUGCUGAAAGGCUUCAUUAUGGUGCUGUGUUACUCUAUGAUGAGCUACGUGGAUUACUCCAUGAUGUACCACCUCAUCAGGGGACAGUCUGUCAUCAAACUGUACAUCAUAUACAACAUGUUAGAGGUGGCGGACCGCCUGUUCUCAUCAUUUGGCCAGGACAUCUUGGACGCUCUGUACUGGACAGCCACAGAACCCAAAGAGAAGAAGAGAGCGCACAUAGGCGUGAUUCCUCACUUCCUCAUGGCUGUGCUCUACGUCUUUCUCCAUGCCAUCCUCAUCAUGGUGCAGGCCACAACUCUCAACGUAGCCUUCAACUCCCACAACAAAUCCCUGCUCACCAUCAUGAUGUCUAACAACUUUGUGGAGAUCAAAGGGAGUGUGUUCAAGAAGUUUGAAAAGAACAACCUUUUCCAAAUGUCAAACAGCGACAUAAAAGAGAGGUUCACCAACUACAUCCUCCUGCUCAUCGUCUGUCUGAGAAACAUGGAGCAGUUCUCAUGGAACCCUGACCACUUGUGGGUGCUGUUUCCUGAUGUAGUCAUGGUGAUUGCUUCAGAGGUUGCAGUGGACGUUGUGAAGCACGCCUUCAUCACCAAAUUCAAUGACAUCAGUGCUGAUGUGUACGGGGAAUACAGAGCCAGCCUUGCCUUUGACCUUGUCAGCAGUCGACAGAAAAAUGCUUACACAGACUACAGUGACUCGGUAUCCAGAAGAAUGGGCUUCAUCCCCCUCCCUUUAGCUCUGCUGUUGAUCAGAGUCGUAACCAGCUCAGUGAAGAUCCAGGGUUCGCUCUCCUUCAUGUGUGUGCUGCUGUUUUACCUGGGGAUGAUCACCCUGAAGGUGCUCAACAGUAUCGUUCUGCUGGGGACGUCUUGUGUAUUCGUCAAAGAAGCCAACAUGGAAGAAAAGCUCUCCAACCCCCCACCCUCCGUUGUCUCCAGCCGUGCAAACUCCAGAGCUCACCGCACCAAACACAUUCACGUUUCACCACAGCAAGAACCCACAACUGACAAAGGAGGAAUACCGCUGUCAGCAGACAAUCCUCCGCCCCCCAAUGUGGCAGAGAGCUCUGCCCCAACGCUCCCCAAGAGCGACUCAGACACAUUCCUGACUACCCCAGACGGGGAGGACGAUGACAAAAUCAUCAACGCCGACACGGGACUGGAAGGUCUUGAACCCAGAACGCCGAAGAAAGAUUUGCUGGAAAUAGACCGCUUCACCAUCUGUGGCAACCGAAUAGACUGAAUGCCACAGAAAAACACCCAGUCAGUGUGCAGUUCAGGGAUCAGACACGGGUCAUGGAGCGUGCUCAGACCAGAGAUAUUUUUGUGCACCUGACCCCUGGAGUAUUUAUUUAUUACUGACAAAACCAGCCAAGGCGUAAAGCUGUUACUACAAGCAACAGAGGCCGCUUCAGAUGUUUCCAUCUGGUCCAGUCGGUGCCUCGUGAACCAGGUAGACUCUGAGCAUGGGUCUCGGUUAUCAUGGCAACCUGCAGACAUGCUACUGAUGACGCAGCUGGAGCGGAGCACGGAGAGAGAAACAAGAUAAUCUGCAUAUGUGACAUAGUGCAACAUGGGUCGCUGUGUGAUCAUAGGAACAUGACAGCUGGACUGUGCGAGUACGUGUUCAAAAGCACAAUCAUAUGUGCAGAGUUGUUUUUAGAAAGAACAAAACUUGUCAAUUUUUUAACUUUGUUUUUAUUUCAAAAGCCUGAAAAAUUCAAAUAUUUAAAAUGAAAUUUUUAUGAAGAAUCUCAGAUCUUUUUCUAAAAUCGACCUGCAGGACUAAGUCUCACAAUCACAUUAACACAUCGUUGAAAUCUCAAAAUUGCUCUGCAGACACACACACCAACACGCAUUUUAAAGAAUCUUGUUUAAAGUGAGUUAUGAGCCCAGAAGUCCAACGCUGUCAGUCAUGCCAGAAGUUACACUAAGUACAGUCCUGCAUGAGGGGCUUUGGUUACAGAUGUGACUUUACCUUUUAGACACCGAUAAAAGUUUGGAGGUAUCAUGCAAUUUGUGUUGAUAUUGUUACUUUGAAUCACUGAGAUAAGAUGGUGCUUGUUUGUAAAGACACAACUAUUUAUUUUGAAGUGGACUCCAAGCCAGACAAGUUUGGAAGAUAUUUCAUUUUAAGGUGGUUUUUAUUUUAUUUUAUUUGUUAUUUUCAAUAUAUUGCUUCAUGUGUACACUCAGCAUUCAAGCAUGUAGCCUACAGUUAAUCACGUCUUGGUGUAACACCACUGUGUUCUUGGUUUCAUUUCAAAUUCAUGGUGUUUAACACUGCAUACCAGCAUCAAUUAACAUGUUUUGCAAUUCUUAACCCUUAUCUUGAUAUGAAAAAUAAUUCUGAUUACAUGUGUGCAGGUGAAACGUUUAAGGAUACGUUAAGGCGGAGACACAGUGAUAAGGGUGAUAUCAACACUUUGUGUGAACCCAGAAAAUUAACAAUAAGAAAAGUCAGGUUUGAAUCCUAAAGGUUGCUGAAAUUGUUUGGUUUGGUUUUUGUUUGGCUGGCUUUGAUUAUGGGAACAAAGUCUUUCCAAAUGCUUUUGUACUCAACAGUCUUUAGAUGCUGUGACAGCUGGAAGCACUGUUUGAUAAAUUAAGUGUAUUGUAUAGAGGAGUUGGUGUCCUGGGCAAAAGCUAAAUCCAAGCUAGCCCCAAGUUUUGCAUUUUAUGCCAAUACUCUAUUUGAUCUUUGUAAAACCCAGAAGGUAUUUUAACACUUAUUGCUGCUCUGAAGAUAUCUCCAGAAUCAUCAAAGGCUCUUCUAAAAAUAUGAAUGAAGAAAAGAAUUUGUUAGCGCUGCUCGAUAAUAACUUUUUUUUUCCUUUCCCGGAAUUUUAUUGAAUUGAAUACAAUGACAUUAAAAGUAGACUCCCCAUCUCCAAACAGACAGGAUUUAAAACACGGAAGCUAAGCACUGAAGCGCUGUGGACUGGCUGCAGCAAAACAUAAAUUUUCCACACAAAACAAAAUCAAUCACUUUAAGUGUACGCUAUAUUUAGAAUAUUUUCACGGCUCUAUCUUGUGAUGAGAUAGCCAUUUCCGGCGGGGAACUGAAGCCAGAGAUUGCCAGAAAAAAAGAUGAUAAGCUUAAAUACGUGAUUCAAAAACACGGGUAAAGUCCAGCCUUACUAUAGGAGGACAGUCAAUACAGUUAAAUAUACAAGCGCAGUCUUAUGAACGAAGGAUUAAGUGUGACAGAGCAUUGUGUGUGUGUGUGAGUGUGUGUGUGUGUGAGAGCAAUCAUUUGCAUUGCACGAAUGGAUCUCACUACUACUUAAAGACAUACUCUAUGUAUGAAUCAGAUAUUAUUUUGUUUUUAUUUUUCAUGUGCAACAAUCCAUCUAUGUAACAUAUCUCCUACAUGGUAGAAGGAGAAUAAAACAAGAUUUUGUUUUGUAAACCUUUCUUGUGUGAUGUUACUGUGUGUGUGUGUGUGUGUGUGUGUGUGUGUGUGUGUGAUUCCUUUCAAAGCUCUAAGUACAGUACAUGAUUCCCCACGUGUAUUUAGAUUUCAACCAGAAAUAUAAACAGGUCUUUAACGGUUUGAUCAUUGGAACCUUCCUGAACUCAAUACAUGAAACAAACAUAAAUGCCAUAUUUACAUCAGGUUUUCUACAUUUUGUUCCCCCCCACCAUUUGGGGUUUGAUUGGUGCUUUUUUAAUCAAUCAAUCAAUCAAACACUUUAUUGUCAUUUCGAGCUAUACAAUGUACAAUUCAAAUUAAAUUAAAAUAACGUCAUCUUGUUGCGUC